GCGAGGCAGGCACAAGACAGGAGAGACCAAGAUGGCCUGGUUUGCCCUCUUCCUCCUGAGCCAUCUCUGGGCUACAGCUGGGACCUCUGCCCAGGUCAGAAGCUCAUGCUCUGUCCCCUCAGAAGAGGAGCCCUGGGUUGAUGGCAUACAAGUGCUCAUGGAGAACUCAGUGACACGAUCAGCCUACCCCAAUCCCAGCAUCCUGAUUGCGAUGAACUUGGCUGGACCCUACAACCUGAAGGCACAGAAGAUCCUUAUUGAAGAGCUCAUGGCCAGUAAAAUUUCUGACCUAACUAUAGGACAACUUGCCCUCAAUAUCAUGGCCCUCAAUUCCUCCUGCAGAGACACUGCGAGCAAAGUGUCAGUUCUACAAAGAAAAAUGCAGAGCUGGACACCACCAGGCCCAAAAGAAGAAGCUGUAAACUUCUAUGCACCCAGCCUGGCGGUCUUGGCUCUGUGCCAGAAGAAUUGGGAGGCCACCUUGCCUAUAGCUGCGGGCUUUGCCAAGGCGCUACUGGCUAACACCUCUCCCUUUGAUGUGGACACAGGAGCAGUGGCAACCUUGGCUUUGACGUGCAUGUACAGUUCUUGGGACAGUUACAGAAACCUGUUUGGCCAAGUGCUGAAGAGCACUGUGGAGAAUAUCAGCGGGCGGGUCACAGACAGUGGUAUCAUUGGAAACAUUUACAGUACUGGCCUCGCCAUGCAGGCACUGUCUGUGACCCCUGCGCAGCCCAGCAAGAAGUGGGACUGUGAGAAGACAAUGGCUACCGUACUUGAUAAGAUCAAGCAGGGGAAAUUCCAGAAUCCUAUGUCCAUUGCACAAAUCCUGCCAUCUCUGAAGGGCAAGACCUACUUAGAUGUGCCCCAUGUGAAAUGUGGUUCUGCAUCUAACAUCACCAUCGUGUAUACCAUAAACAACCAGCUGAGAGAGGUGGAGCUGCUGUUCAAUGUGACCACUGAGGUCAGCGUGAAAGGGAGUUCAGUGCUCCUGGUCGUCCUACAGGAAGCCCAGCGCAAAAGCCCUAUGUUCAAAUUUGAAACAACAAUGACGUCCUGGGGCCUUAUAGUUACUUCUAUCAAUGGCAUUGCUGCAAAUGCAAAUCACAAGACUUACUGGCAAUUCCUGGGUGAUGGGAUACCUUUGGAUGAAGGGGUUGCUGACUACAUACCCUUCGACCAUGAGCACAUCACAGCCAACUUCACCCACUACUGAGAAGGAAGUGGGUGAAGAUUUCCACUUUAUUUCAAAUAUGGGAAAAACAGUGGAUAUCUACGACACUCCC